AAAUGUCAGCCUUUGUGCUCCUGUGAUGCUGCUUGGCCUGCUGUGUUCAUCCAGCUCUACACUUUGUGAUCUCAGAUUGUCCAGCAUCUGCAGUUCCUACUAUGUCCCACAUUAUCGUCUUCAGGAUCCCUUCUCCCUCACUCCAGAAUCCUCUCUUUAUAAUCCAUGCCGGGUUUCCCUACCCUCCCUCAGAUUCAGCACCAGCUCCCCUGGAGAUGCCCACAGAUUCCAGGUUCCUUCCCCACACUCCGACAACUUCAGGCUCCAUGAUUCCACCCCGCCCGCACAGACUCCAAGAAUUCUCCCCACCCACUGCCCCCCCCCCCGAAGACUCCAGAACUCCCCCCUAGAUUCCAGGAUCCACACCCCUCCAGACUUCAGGAUUCCCCCGAGACUCCAGGAUCCCCUCCCACACGACUCCAGGACACCCCCGUCAGACUCCAGGAUCCCCUAUCUCAGAGUCCAGGCCGGAAUUACUGCCUCUCUCUCUGAUGGUGGUGAUUACCGUCGGGCGUGGAGAUGGUGAACCUGGGCCUCCGCCGGGUGGAGGACUCGGUGGCGGCGAAGCACCCGGCUCUUCAGGAAUAUGCUGCUUGCCAGUCGCAUGCCUUCAUGAAGGGCAUCGGCACGUUUAUAUUAGGUACCAGUGGGGUUUUUGUUAUGCAGACAUUGCUGAAUAAGAAGAUACCUCUGCCAAUGCAGUGGAACGUUUUGCUGUCGGUAGCAACAGGAUCGUUGAUGAGUUACAUAGUGACACGUCUGGAGACUCAGAAGUGCUCAAAUCUGUGGGUUUACCUUGAGACUGGAACAGUGCCACGUAGUUCUGAUGAAGUUACAAAGGAUCAAAACAAUGUAUCUGUGGAAAGCACUGACAGGGGAAGAAAGAAAACUCAAUAUGGAGAUAUAAUGGAUUAAAUGCUGAGUUUUUACUUUAUUCAACCAACGUGCAGGAGGAGGAAAUGUUCCCUGCUCUACUCCAGCUCAAACAGUGCACAAUUUUCAUUUCACUUUAGUUCCACUCCCUACUUCUGUUUAUCUCUUCCUGAAGGUGUUAUUUUAGUACAUCACUGAGUCACGGGUGAAAAUACACAAAGACAUUUGGUGAAUUCACCCCAGGAACCCCCUGAGAAAAAAGUUCAACUACUGGAGCAACCUAUCAGAGAUUUGGUCACUUUCAUGUACAUUUCUGUGAGGCACUGCUCCUCCAGUCUAGCUUUCUGUUGUGCUUGCUGCUACUGAAUUCACAAGUAAGUUCAGUCACACGAAGACCCACAUCAGAAGCCUGUAUUCCUGAGGGACAGGUAACAACAGUGCUGUUCUUGCAUGGUUAUCUGCACAGCCGCUCACUAACCUGAUGAAAUACGCUUUGUAUAGUUCCAAACCUCAUCUUGGUUUUUAUUUUAUAAUACCAAAUUUUGGGGCUCAACCUCUUGCUAAAUUAUUCUAAACUUUCCACCUCUGCACCAGUUAUCUUCUCAGUGAGAAUGUUGGUCCUAGGAUAGGGUACUUUGAAGACAAGGAAUGUUUGUAAAAAACAACAAGGGAAUCCACCAUUACUUGUCCUGAAGUAAGUAGCUGUAAAAAAUCUUUUAUGACCGUUUUGAGCAGAACACGAUGGUCAUGAGUUAGUGAUGUAUGUCACGCUGUGAAACAUGACAUUACAAACACUAAAUUGAUUUCUUUUCAGUUUGCAGCCUUGCUGUCAAAUGAUCCAUGGAGCUCAAAACCCUCAGAGAUCUUGGUAUUCCCCUAAUUCUGUUCCCUUAGCAGCUUUUAUUUUAAUCCGUUCACCAAUUGGAAUCAUGUUUACAGCUGCCUAGAGCCAUUGCUUCAGAAUUCCCUUCCUAAGCCUCUUGGUCUCACUGUCUCCCUGGCUCCAUCCUCAACCUCCCUCUCUGUGAUUACAUCCCUUUCUUUUAAACUACUUUAAAAUGGGGGUAUGUCUUUAACUAAGCUGUUGGACUCUUUUUCUGUGUUAGAAUUUAGUUGAUUGACCUGCAGUUUCACAGGAGAGUAAUGUUACAUAAGGGCAAUGCUGCACAAAAUGACAUGACUGUUCUUUUAGAUGGCAGUAUGCACUGAGUGCAACGUUGUGUUGUCUAACUCAAUAAAUGUAAGUAAGGAGACGA